UCAGUUUUACAAACUUUUCCUCCAUGUGAGUGUGGAUUGAUAAUUAAAGCAAUAAAACAAUAAAAGACUAUCACAGCACUCGUCAGUGCACAGAGAGAAUUAGAACGCAACGAUGAAGACCGUACUUGCUUUACUGGGUGCCCUCCUCGCCUGCCAAACAGUAUCCGCAAGCUAUCUAGGUGGCGUCGGCUUCCCCUAUGGUGGCGUCGGCUAUGGUAGCGUCGGCUACCCCUAUGGAUAUGGUGUAGGACUCGUCGAAGGAUGCGCAGAGCCUGUAAUCCCAGUAGCCGGUGGGUUGGUUGAUGCCAGGAGCUACGUAGACAGUUACUUCCCCGGCAGUAGCUACUGUGGCUACGGCACUUACGGUCCUGCCUACGGAGGUCUAGGGUACCCUCUGGAUGUCUAUGGUCCAACUGCAUUAUAUCCUGGAUUAGGCGCUGGAUGUGGCUAUCCUUCAGUGGGCUAUCCUUCAGUGGGCUAUCCUUAUAUACUUUAAAUAUUUAAAUACAAUUUUACUGUGCAAACUA